UCAGACAUCUUUAAAUUUUAAAAUGGCGUUUGCAAGUUCUAUACAAAAAGGACAGAUUCCAGUUGGGUGUCAGUUAUGUGAAGGUGGAAAUAAGAUUAAAUGGAAAUGUAUUACAUGUGAAUCGCUCAUGUGUGACAAGUGUAAGGACGGAGUCCAUAUGUUGAUUUCUUAAGACCAUAUAAUACUAAACAUAAAGGACAUAGGCAAACAGGAAGACACAAUUAUAUUUAGUAAUUUCAAGUGUAACGAACAUUUAGAACAGGCUUGCUGUCUAUUCUGUAAUACGUGUAAUCAGCUUAUCUGUCCGAUGUGUAUCACUAAAGAUCAUAAUGGACAUGAGUUAAUUGAAGAAGAAGACUUUAAUAAAGGCAAAGUAGAGUUGAAGCCAAAACAGAAAAAUGUCAAGAUAGAAAUAGUCAAAAGUUAUACAACAGAUCUUAAACAUAUUCACCUCAUAGCAGUAUGUUCUGAUGGUUCUAUGUGGAUUGGAGACAAUGAAAGAUCAACGUUACAACAUGUCGAACUUAAGAAGAAUAUAACUGAAGUAAUAACAAGUUUGAGCACUAAAAUAUAUGGAAUAGCAACCACUCAUUCAAAUAAUAUUCUUAUUAAAACAAAAGGUGAGACUAAAUUAGAACUAAUGAAUGCAAUGACAGGGAAAAUAACAGAUUCAAUUUAUGAUAUAAAUCCUUUGAAACCAACCUGUAUCUAUGUGACCAGUGAUCACAGAGUCAUCAUAGGAGCCUGGUCUGGCGGUAAGGCAUUUCCUGUCUCAGGAAGACGUGUAGUGGUGGUAAUGGACCAGGAAGGAAAACACCUACAGGAAUAUGAACAUGACAAACAUUAUAACAAACGGAUAUUCACCUACCCUAGAUGUAUAUCAGUUACCAGUAAUGGUAAUAUAUUUGUAGUGGACCAUUUAGAUACUGAUCACAGAGGUAGAGUGGUAGUGUUAUCACCCGAAGGAGACAUUCUUUUGAUUUACAAUGGCCACCCUGGUGUAAACACUAAGAAGGAUCCAUUUAGGCCUGUAGGUAUACUAACAACGCAAUCAGAUACUACUGUUAUUACUGAUAUGGAAAAUCAUUCAUUACGCAUACUGAGUGAUCAAGGACAAAUUAUUACUUACUUCAAUCUCCGUGACAUGGGGAUCUUAGGUCCAUACUCCCUUGCUCUGUCUACAUCAGGAACUAUCUAUAUUGGAUGUGUAAGUGCCGACAGAAGUCCAGACACUAAAAAGGCAAAACUUUAUGAGUUGAAGUAUUCUGGAUUCUAG